UUAACAACUCUUUUUUACUGUUCUCUCUUAGUUUCUUCGCUUACGGGAUCAGCAGCAAGUUUAACGUUUCUCCGUCAUCCAGCUUCACAAACAGUCCAAGUAGGAAGCCGUGUCAUUUUCAAAUGUUCAGUGUUUUUAACAAACAGGAAAAUCACAUAUGAAUGGCAACACAACAACCAGACUAUAAGGACAGAAAAACAGUCUAGAUUCACCAUUCGGAGUGACGGUUCCCUAAGGAUCGAUAACACAGAUUUGGACGAUUCUGGGAAUUACCAGUGUAUUGCGAUGGCCAGAGCCAAAAGAAGUGGUAUUAUACGCAGAAAGGCGAGAAGUCGCAUUGCAAAACUGACUGUUGAGGGUAAGUUAAAUACUGUAGUUUUCGUAACAAAUAACAAGAAAUUUUAUGGCAGCUUCUGACUUCAUAGAGCGCUUUUAAACGCUCUAUAAAGCCGAAAAUAGCGGAUGUGACGUCAUGUGUUAAAACACGUGACGUCACGUCCGCCAUAUUGGUGUCCCAAUACAAUGAAACGGCGGCCAUCUUGGUGUCACUUGAUCCAGUCCUGUGGGAUUUGAAACUUUUUCUUAUGUAAAACUUUUCCAGUUUUGUUUCAAUAAACUCGCACAGCUGCUGAGCGUUCUGAAUUUUGGCAAGGUCGUCUUUUUAGCAGUCCAAGAGCAGCUGUACUCAAGUUUUCAAAGGUCUGGAGUUGCGCCCUCGAAAUGUCUUGUGGGCACACUACAAGCAUACUUUCUUACUUUCCAUUCUGCAGCCCCCCAUAAUACGCUGUGUUUGCCCACCCCUCCCCCCCCUAAAAAAAAUAAUAAAUGGGUUUAAACUAUUGUUUCCAAAUGCUCCUGGGAGUAGUGCUUAUUUCCAAGAGCAUUCGAUGGUGCAGUCAAACCUCGAUAUAACGAAUCUCCAUUUAACGAAGUCCUCGGACGAACAAUUGUCUUUACCCUAGUAAUAUUGAAAUAUAUGAAAAACGAUAUAACAAAAACUGCUUAUGGCCAACAAAUUUUGCCUGCCCCUUGACCCCUCGUUAUUUCGAGGUUCCUUAAAGAAGGGCGAACCGAGUGUUUCAUGGGCGAUUCAAAAAUAGUCAAUUUUAAAAGUAAAAAGAAAAAGCACGCGUGCGGAAUUGUUUAGAUGUUAAAACUUUACAAACACGAGGGAAAACAGAGGGUUAUUCAUUAUUUAGUUUAUAAAGAGGCUUUCAUUUGAAGGCGUUGGAAGCUUUUAGGGUGUUGAUAAAGUGACAGGAUUGCUCAUUUCUUGGGGAUCUUGAGAACUUCACAAUUUCUUGGGCUUAUCCUUUUUUAGUCCUGAACAUUGCAACGUUUGUUAUAAAAAUCAUAAUAUAUUUCCUGAGUUCGGUUCGAUGAAAAGAAUUAUAUCCUUUAAGGUCCGGGGGCUAUUUGCGACUGAGGUUAACAUAGACUUCACAUAUCAUAUCGAGGGUUAGCGUUCAACUUAGCAUCUGGUUGUUCCGCGAGGAUGUGUAAGCUAAAGAAGUUCAUUUGUGAACAUUACUUAAAAUCUGCUCAAUUUUCGAUGUUGUCCCAGCACUGACUGACAAAUCUAAUUAAAGCAAGGGUAACCCCAUAUGAUAUGAAGAUUUUCCAACAACUCCAUUACGUGGCAGGCAAGUUGCGUAUAUACAUGUUUGCCCGGGUAACUAAUGACCUCAGUUUUAGUCUCUAACUCUGUCAAAUCCAAACUGUCAGAAAACUGAAGACUCUUUUCUGAAAAGGUAACGGUGUUUAAAAGACGCCAGAUAUAGCUCUGGAUCCUUUUUCAUGCCUAAAUAGUGUAGUUAAUAGAUCUAAUAUAAAGAAGCUUUUAAAGGAAAGGCGAUUACUGAUGACGUACAAGUUGAUCAAAGAUUACGGUUUAAAGUUUAAAUAAAAAAAAAUGAUUGCUGAUCGGGAAGGAAGUCAUUAUAAUGCAGUUUUUUCAUUUCUGAGCACAAUAAAAUUCACGCUGUGAACAUAAGACCAGAACACUUUGUCAAAAUUUUAUUUUGAUGUAAUUACGACGUGCAAAAUGCUGCGAGAGUGCUCAUUUUGACUGGUCCUUGAAGUGACAGAAGAUUUCGUUCAAAUGUUUCCUCUAAUUUAAGCGGUACAAAUAUUCAGUUUUAUUUUUAAACUGACCAAGAACCACUCAAACUUUCUUAAAAAGAAUGUCUAGAAUGUCUUUUGAUGAGAUUAUUAAAACUCUCAAUUUUCUGUUCAUAAGUAAAACGCCUUUAAUUGAACUGGAAAAUAAGCCACCGUAUUUUUGGUGGAAAACUUCCUCAAAGUAAUUGUUUUCGAAACCGAAUUGAGGAGUUAAACUCCAUUUAUUUUUGUAAAAAUAAAAAUGAAUUUCCCACAACGAGGCAUUGUUUAACCCAACAAGGUUACUUUAACGUUAUUUUUACUUGAAUUUUAAUAGUUUGUUAUUUCAAGUCGGCUACCAUUGUUGCUACUCAAUGUUAUCAAUGGAACAGUAGAAAAUAAAGCUUUUCAAGACCUUAAAGAGAAACUGUAUUCCCAAAGAUGUUUAACUAGCGGUUUAAGCAGGCCCAAAAGUCGAUUUGCGACUUCGGAAUUUCCUGUUUUGAUUUUUUUUUUUUUUCAUGGAAUCUUUACGUAAAAGUUCAAAGCCGUUUAAACUUUAAUCUUAUUCAAGAUUUAAAAUAUCCAUCGCUAAAAGAAGAUUGUCUAUAACCUCAUAAACACGGCUGGAAAUAUUGAUAGGAACCAGGCCAGAGUCUUUCUUGGUGUGUGGCUCGAAAGAUCAGUCUUUUUCAUCGGAUGAGCCGUUCAGACAAAAACAUGAAAAUUGAUCAAUGAUUGACUGAGUCUUUUAUUUUCUUAAAAAACAAACGUUCUUAAGGACUAAGAGGUAAUGCUCACUGACCGCGAAGGUGGCCCGGGGGGGGGGCGUCUUCAUUAAAUUUCAUAUUGCAAAGCAUAAGCUAGUCUUAGGCCAUAGAUAUUCCUUGCUUUUAAUGGUAUUUGCCCCCCCCCCCCACCCCCCCGCCACCCACUUCUCGACCGUGCCUUUUUGACCAGAUUUUCUAUUUUUUAUAAUGUUCUUGACUGGCAGAAAGGGAAAAAAUCAAAACAAUAACGGCAACUAUGAUAAUCUUAUUUUCAAAAUAGAAUUUGAAUUAAAAUUACAAUGAAUAUCACACUUAUAAUAAUGAAGUAGGGUUUUAAUGGGAGAUAUCCGAUGGAAUGAUGUGUUAUAGCGUACCAGAACAAUACGUUAAAAUCACACUUAAAAAUAUUGUAAGACCGGAUAAGUACACAUUUAAUAGCAUAUUAGAGUGAAAGUUUAAUAUAUGGAUGCUGCUUAUCCUUGACUACUGUGAGAAAAUUUGAAAAUAAUCUCCACUCUCGAUUAUUAAUCAAAAAAUGAUCAUCCCUCUUUCAUUCUUCGCCAUAUCCUUUUUUUGCCACCAUCUACCAUUCGAGGAAGAGCAUAUAACUUUAUAUUUUAAUUUAGGUAUGUGCAGCGAGGCUACAAUAACGACUCGACGAGCCCAAGGUAAGAAGUUUGCCAUCGGAACGAUAUUAUCUUUACGCUGUCGCUGCCCUAGUUCGAGUCCAGGAACCACAAGAUGGAUUAAGAACGGCGUCACAGUCAGUGCAACCAAUGGGAGAAUCACAGUUGACCAGAGAAAAUUGAAUAUUAACAGUACCAGCUUUGCUGACAGUGGAAAUUACACUUGCUAUGUGACUGUCGCUGAACUUGGCACGGCAAAAUCAGAAACAGUCGAAAUUUGGGGUAAGAAGACAAACAUGCAUGGAACUUGUAUAAAGUUAGUGUGAUAUCGUGGUAGUUGCGCGCGGGGGCACAUGAAAAGAGGCGCGUCCUCGCGCGCCUCGCUUCGCUCACCUAUUGAAAUGGACAGCUUUGUGGGAGGCUAAACGUGAUUUUAUCCGAGCAAUCACGAAUAAUAAAACAUCUUUUCUCGAGGUUUGCACUGCUAGUUACACAAAAAAGGACACAUUACAAUCCUAUGGUUUAAAUCACCCUACAUGCAUGCUAGUUCCUUAGAAAUACGAACAACCAUAUGCAGGAAACAGCAAUGAAUCAAACGACUAAGCCAAACAACCAACUGCAAAGGACCGCAUGCCUCCAAAAUGCAAACUUCCGCAACUGCAAAAAGACUCGAUGAGUUAAAACGUUAACCACAAGCAUUGUUUGACGAAAAUAGAGAGUCACAGAAUUAGUCAUUCUUGAAAAUAUUAAAGGAUUUUGUGUCCCUUUUUUCUACAGUGGGCUCAACACCUCGAAUAACAGUUCCCCCGCCCACCACUUUGGAAGUUUCAAAAGGGCAAACUGUUCGCUUGAAUUGCCUAGCAACGGGUACACCACCUCCCUUAAUGUAUUGGUACUAUGCUGGUCUCGAGUGGUCUGAACACGUCAAGAAUUCUAUCAAAAAUGAUUCAAAAUACACCAUCUAUGUCAACGGGACGCUCAUUUUGAGGGAUCUCCAAGCUGAGAAUAUUGGUUUCUACGAAUGUGGUGCUAGAAAUGUUAUGGGAACAACGUCUCGAAAAACAAAGAUUUUUGUCCCAAGUAAGUUGUAGAUUAAAAUUAGAGGUGGCUGUUUUUGUUGUCUCUUAAGGUUGACUUCCACUGUCGCGUAAUUUUUACGCCACCGAACGCGUAAAAGGUUAACCUCGUUCAACUUUUACGUUAACGCGCGCCCUUUCAUACAUUGCCUCCAUUUUAUUCAAGCGCGUAAAAUUUACAUGCGUUCACACGGAAAAAUUACGCGACAGUAGAAAUCAACCCUUAAGCAGUUGGUAUCCCCCUACACCAAGGCUUCAACACAAAAUGUCACUAACAAUACAGUAAACACCAGCGAAUCAACUACUUUUAAGAAGUCUGGUAAAAUAGGUUCUUGUAUUGUGGGGUACUUAUUCGCAAGUUAGGCUGCGUAGGUUCUUGAUUAGCUUCUUUUAAGAAGCUAAUCAAAUUUCUAAUAAGGAGAUAAUAGAUAGUUGAUCACCAGAAAAAAAAUUAACUUGGCCUUGGUCUUAAAUAUCCAGUAUUUAUUCGCAAAUGUAUUAUAACUGUAACCCUAACAAAAAUGAUUACAGAAUUUAAGUCCAGUUUAGUAUGGUAUAUUCUUGUUAUACUUAAAUUACUAAUCUCAAAGUUACACUCCUUAGUUAAAUUAUUUAUCACAGUGAUUUAACUGUAACCAAGAUAUAAUAACCUGCUUGAUCUUGCUUGACUAAACAGGUUCUUGUAUUUUUGGGUAUUAAAGAGGCAAAUUUCUACCAGGAGGUUCUUAAUCAGCUAGUUUCUUAUUUGCGGGUGUUAACUGUAUUACAAUAUUUUCCAGCCUUUAGCUUUUUUUUGUUUGUUUGUUGGCAUCUUUCUCCAUGGCACUCCUUCCACUCAGUCAGUAUAAUGCCAAAAAAAUCGUACAAAACAUUUUAUUGUUGACCUUUUUUUUUCUUGAUUGUUCCUGCAGUCAAUUUUAUAACAACACCAAGAAACACGACGGCAGCCGUAGGCAAAUCGAUAGUGCUACGAUGUAAUGCCACAGGCCUCCCAACAUCCGAGAUCAGCUGGGGAAGAGAGCGUGGAAAAUUAGAUAAGAAGAGAUUCAGACAGCUUGCAAAUGGAAAUCUCCAUAUAAGAGACAUAAAAAUGACGGAUGCUGGGCAGUAUUUUUGCAUUGCAGCUAACAUUCAUGAUUUAAAGGAAGUAAAAGUGACUCUUAGAGUCAUAGGUGAGAGAUUCGUAUGUACAACUAUCUUUCAUAAAUGAGCUCUCUUGUCGUAAAUUAAUGACAAGUUUCGCCUCAUGUAAGAGAAUCCAUGACAGUCUUGGAUUCUUGAUUCCACACCGCGGAUUCUGGAUUCCAGGUAAUGGAUUUGAGAUUCUUUCUCAGUGGAAGUUGCAGUCCGGAUUCAAAUCAUUAGAAGGAUUCCGGAUUUCUUGAGCUGUACUCCGGAUUCCAAAGCCCCGGAGUGCCGAUUUCAGAAUUCAAAUUUCCCGGAUUCCAAAUUCCACAGCAGAAAUUUCCCGGAUCUGGAAUCCGGAUUCCAGUAUGUGGAGCGAGAAGUCGCUUGAAAGGGUUAUGUCACCCCUGUUGCUAUCUUUCUAUCACGUGUCUUCGUGUUAGUGGAAUUUCAAAAAUAAUGGUGCAGUAUAUUGAGGGUCAUUGAAGCAUUGAAACUGUUUGCUGUCGCCUGUUGCUACAGAUGGCAGGGAUAGACAUGAAUUGAAGCUUGGCGAUUUUUUUUCAAGUUUUUAAUGCUAUGCCUGCAAAUAAAGCUCAUCAGCAGAAAAUUGUUAUGGUUAGUGCUCCCUUGGGAAAUCUGUCUGAUAUCUUCUUCAUUUUGUGUAUGGAUAAAUGCACUAAGUGAUGACUUCAGCACAGGACCGCCCUAAAAUAGCAAUAUCCUCGUGUUCCACCUACCCCUCCCCAAAGCCAAUAUUGUGCCCUAAGUGAGACGUGAGUGUUAAAGUUAACUUAGGGGAGGGGUGGGUGAGCAGUUUCCCAGAAACUUAAAUUGAUCGGAUGCUCCUAAUGCCCAUUGAUAUUUAUAAACAGAUUCGGUAAACCCUCUAAUAAGCCCCCCCCAUCCCACUCUUUUCAGGGAAAGAGAGUUAUAAAGCCCCUCUCUCUUUUAAGCUCCCCCUUUAUUCUUAAGUGAAAGACUGUAUUAAUUAAUCAAUUACUACUGAAACACUUCACGUUGAAUGAUCAGCUAUAUAAUUUAUUUACGUGCUGUCAUUUACGUGUGUCCUUAGAGUAUUUCGUGAUUUCUGAACCGAUUAAAACAGUUAGCAAUUUAUUUUCUUUUCUUACAGAAAGUGACGUCAUAAAAAUAAACCCUUCCCAUAAGCUCACUGUAGAAGCAUUCCUGGGCGCACGCCGAAAAAUCACGUGCGAUUUCCAUGGCAGCCCGCCAAUCACAGUCACGUGGACAAAGAAAGGCACAGACGAGCUACCAUUCAGAGUGGAGCAGAAUGGGAAUUCACUGGUGAUAAAGAGGGUCGCACUUUCAGAUGCUGGCCAGUAUAUCUGUAAUGGAUCGAACGCUUUUAGCUCACAGGCCACUUACGUUAACGUGUCUGUUUAUGGUAAGUGAAGUAAAAAGCGUAGGUAUCAAUAAUAGACCAAUUGCAGUAUAUUAAACUUCAUACCUGGCUGCGAGGCUUGGGGGAAUGAAACAAAAAAAAAUUAAUCAUCUUGAGGCUUAGCAAUGAAUAAUACAUUUCUUUUGGUUUAUUCCUCCAAGCCUCGGAGCCAAGUAUGACUUUUAACAUAUCCAAAAUGGUCUAUUAAUUUAGCUUUUCCUAAGCACAAAACAAAGGGGCGAUGGAAGAUGAUCGAGCCCAUUAUAGUUAGCAGAGGAGACUGGAUAUGAAAGCCGCAAACAUCAAAAAAUAACCCUCGAACAACGGUGCUGCAGGUUAAAUUGUAACUGAAGAAUUUAAUGUGACGUUUUUUAUUGGUCAGAAAUUUCAAAAUGCAUAUGAUAGGAAUGCUAUUGAACGUUGUGCACGAUCAGGUCCAAAAAAGGUAACUAAAACUUAUAAGAAAGAAGUCUAACGGGAUUCAUAACUGUUGUAUUUUAUUUACUGUGAGCCAAUUAUAUUAUGUAUGUGCGCGCUCAGGGCCAGAAUAGAUCACUGGAUAUGAAAUGAUUCACUAAAUUAAUAUUUAGUGUUAGUCAGUUGCCAAUAGAAAUAAUUAUGUUUAAAUCAUUUAAUUGCUGGAACGAAUCUGAAGAAGUGUCGUGAAGAUCUUUAGAAAUCAUGAUCAUUAACAGGGCUGCGAACACAGGGUACUUGAAUAUUGAAAGUAUCAUCACAUGAAUGUGUUCUCAACAGAUCCGUUGAGGUUCCUGAUAGAGCCAAGAAACCAGACCGCUUUCAUUAAUGAAUCUGUCUGGUUCCACUGUGCUGCCACAGGAAGCCCAAAACCUAAAAUUACGUGGCUUAAGGCUGACCAAGGAGGCCGACCCCUGAACGAAGAAAAAUAUAGAGCGUACGCUAAUGGAUCUCUACGUAUCAAGGAUGUACAAUACAGUGACAUGGGGCGAUAUUUUUGUCUUGUGGCGACUCGUACUGAUUUGAGACAAAGGACAGUGCAUCUCGAAGUAAAAGGUAGAGUUAUUUUUUCGAUCAAU